AUGGACUUGGACUUGAAUGACUCCCAGGCUAUGGGCCCCUCUCCCAGCCUCCACAAGGGACAUCCCCAGUCCAGCACAAUACUAGAUGAUGUGAACCUACUGAUGGAUGUGGAUGGUCCCUUUGUUCCAAGAGAUGGGCUCACAGAGAAGACAGGAGCUGUGGUCAUUGACAUGGGCACAGGGACCUGCAAGUCUGGAUUUGCUGGGCAGGCAAAGCCCGUGUCUACUGUGGCCACUGUGCUCGGCCGCUUGCCGGAGAAGGCUUCAACAGCGAGCCAUCCUCCACUGCCAACCUUCAUUGGUGAGAGUGCUAGAGAGCACCCCGGACUCAGCCUGAUCCAACCUUUGAAGAAUGGCAUCAUUGUGGACUGGGACACAGUGGAGACCCUGUGGCACUACAUUUUCUAUAAUGACCUUGGAGUGGCCCCGGAGGACCAUGCCCUCCUUCUCUCUGACCCACCAUUCAGUCCCACCACCAACAGGGAAAAACUGGUGGAAGUGGUGUUUGAGUCCCUCCGUUCCCCAGGCAUGUAUGUGGCCUACCAGUCGGUGCUGUCCGUCUAUGCCCACGGGCUGGUCAGUGGCCUGGUGGUGGAUACAGGCCAUGGUGUGACUCACACGGUUCCGGUGUAUCAGGGCUAUAACCUACCCCAUGCCAGUGAGCGGAUGGAUCUAGCUGGGGCCCACCUGACAGCCUUUUUGGCAGAGAUGCUUCGGGGUGCCGGCUACCCCUUUGGCGAACGGGACACCUCCCUGGUAGAAAGCAUCAAACACCAAUGCUGCUAUGUAGCUGCUGACUUUGUUGCAGAACAGAACCAACCCACAAAGGCCAGCCGAGAGAACUUCCAGCUGCCCGAUGGGCAGAUCAUUAGCCUUGGCAAAGAGCGUUUCCAGUGCCCUGAGCUGCUCUUCAAACCCCCAGAGAUGCCAGGACUUGUACCAUUGGGAAUCCCUGACAUGGCCAAGGAAAGCCUGAGGAAGGUGCCUGACGAAGCUCGCGAAGACAUUUCCCACAAUGUUUUGCUGUGUGGUGGAUCUUCUCUCUUCCCAGGGCUAGAGCAGCGCUUCACCAAGGAGCUGCUUCAUGAGGCACCUCCCCAGACCUGCGUAGCUGUGUCUGCCCAGCCCCUGCGGAACUACUCCGUGUGGAUUGGAGGUUCCAUCCUUGCUUCUCUCCGGGCUUUUCAAUCCUGCUGGAUCCAACGAGCGCAGUAUGAAGAACAAGGACCAUACAUUGUCUAUCAGAAAUGUUAUUGA